AUGGUCGCUGCUUCCUUAUCUUCGACAGUCCACUCGGACUACGUCAAACAUCACAACCAGCAUGUUAUUAGACCUCCUAGAUUGAACUCCCGUUCUAUCAAGAAGUAUUUGGGCUCCAGAUGGUCCUCUCUUUUCGUGACUAAGGAGGAAAGAGCUCAGUAUACCUGGGGAGAAAUUUUGAACCCUUUUGGUGAGCUUCACUUGAUGACCCUCAGAAACUGGAACUACUUCUUCAUGGGUUUUGCCGCCUGGACUUGGGACGCCGUCGACUUCUUCGCUGUGUCGUUGAACACAAAGGCCAUGGCCAAGUCUUUUGACGUCACGGUUAAGGAUAUCACUUGGGGUAUCACUUUGGUGCUUAUGUUGAGAUCUGUCGGUGCUUUCAUUUUCGGUUACUGGGGUGACAAGUACGGAAGAAAAUGGCCCUACAUGGUCAACUUGUCUCUUUUAGUUGUUUUGCAAAUUGGUACUGGUUUUGUUCAAACUUACAAGCAGUUCUUGGGUGUCAGAGCUUUGUUCGGUAUUGCCAUGGGUGGUAUCUACGGUUUCUCCUUGGCAACCUCUCUUGAUGACGCACCUGUCGCAUGCAGAGGUAUCUUGUCCGGUAUUUUCCAAGAAGGUUACGCCUUUGGUUUCCUUAUCGCUGUCAUCUUCAACAGAGCCAUCACUGACAAUUCUCCUCAUGGAUGGAGAGCUUUCUUCUGGUUUGCCGCUUGUCCUCCAGUUCUCUUCCUCAUCUGGAGAUGGUGGCUUCCAGAGACCGAUGCCUUCAUCCGUCAACAAGAAAUCAAGCAUGCAAAGCAGGCUGAGCAAAACUUGAAAUGGUACCAGAUCAGUCCCGAGUCCAAGAAGGUGUUCAAGACAUACUGGCUUAUCAUGAUUUACCUUGUUUUCUUGAUGGCUGGUUUCAACUUCAUGUCGCACGGAUCUCAAGAUUUGUAUCCUACCCUCUUGUCCGUUCAAUUGCAAUAUGGUGUCAACAGAUCCACUGUCACCAACUCCAUCGCCAACUUGGGUGCCAUCUUCGGUGGUAUGGUCUUCGGUCACUUCUCCACUUUCAUCGGUAGAAGACUUUCUAUCAUUUUGGCCUGCCUCUUGGGUGGUGCUAUGAUCUACCCAUGGGCCUUCGUCAGAUCCAGUGCAAUCAACGCUGGUGUUUUCUUCAUGCAAGCUGGUGUGCAAGGAGCUUGGGGUGUUAUCCCAGCCUACUUGUCCGAGCUUUCUCCUCCAGCCCACAGAUCCUUGGUUGUUGGUUUGUCGUAUCAAUUGGGUAACUUGGCUUCUUCUGCCUCUUCUACUAUUGAGAGUACCAUUGGUGAGAGGUUCCCAAUCACCGCACCAGACGGAAAGAAGGUCUUUGACUACGGUAAAGUUAUGAGUAUUUUCAUUGCUUGCGUCUUCGUUUACGUGAUUUUUGUCUCCUUCAUUGGUCCAGAGAACAGAGGUGCUGACUUCAACGUCGAGAGAGAUGAGAUUUUGGAGUCCGAGGUUGACGAGGCUGCCGAGACCGAGAGCGCCAAGGAGGUCAAGUCCGUUCUUGAGGUCUCUGAGAAGGUGAAGGUAGAGCACGAGGAGAGGGUUUAA